GCUGUGACCUGUCACUGAACCUGACAUCUCAGAAAGCAGCAGAUGCGGUGGAUGAUAUCUUUCGGUCCCUCAGGGAUAUCACAAGAGCUCGAAUGCACAUGAAACAGUUUAAUGCCAUACAUAAUCCAGGCAGCAACACCCACCAGGCUUCUUACAAACCGCUGCUGAAACAGGUAGUGGAAGAGAUCUGUAAUCCUGAUCAACCUGAUCCUGUUGAUAUUGAGCACAUGUCAUCAGGCCUCACUGAUCUCCUUAAAACUGGAUUCAGCAUGUUCAUGAAGGUGAAUCGCCCUCACCCUGGUGAUCAUCCCCUUCUGAUCAUCUUUAUGGUUGGUGGAGUGACAGUCUCCGAGGUCAAAAUGGUGAAGGACCUGGUAGCAACACGCAAGCCUGGUACCCAGGUAAUCGUGCUCUCCUCUGCACUCCUGACACCACAUAGUGCUGUUGAGUUGUUGUUUGCCGCAGACCGUCUCCAGCCUGACACCGAUAUCUGA